UAGAGCCUAUAUAAGAAACAGCGGCAACCCAUUUUUUUGACAUUUUUCAACCGACACCGCGCGCUGAUGGUUGUGUCUCGGUUUCCGUUAGAUCUUUUCGAAAAUUGUCUCGAAAACAUGCGUUAAAUUGCGGGGAAACGAUAUCACACGAUGAUAUUUGAUUUCUUUCAAGAGGAUAUAUUGUUAUAAUGAUUGCCAUAUAUACUCCUCACAACCCAAUCGAUUUUGGGCCGUGACGCGGGAUUUUUUGUUUAUGUUCUUAUGAAACCAGUGUGCGAAAAGAAACCCUUUUUUCGAAUAGAAACCGCGAAGUGAGUGAAGUGCCUUUUGAACCAAUAUACACGCAAUAUUGAUAUGAUUUAGUAAGAUAUAUAUCAAUGAGAUUUUUCCCACAAUUGUUAUACUUGCGAACGAGAAACGAGAACGAGAAAAAUAAACCCAAAAUUUGCAUACAAAUCAAUUGAUUGGCGGAGCUCUGCGAAAGGUUCCGGCCGCAGCUGAGGAAAACCAACAAAAGCCAACAGAAACCAACAAAAACCGAACAGAAGAACGCGCACCGAGUGAAGAUAUCAACGCCAGAUCGCUCAAUAUCGAACCGAACCUAACCGAAACGCUAAUCCGAACCAGACGCGAUGCACUGCAGCCAAAAGCAUAACGAAAACACGACGACCAAUCUUUGCUAGGGUCUGAAAAACCACAGAUAUAUAUAAAUAUAUAUAAAUAUAUAUAUAUUAUACCCAACCAAAACAAAUCUGAAAAUCGAAAUCGAAAGCGAAAGCGAAGGCAAAGAAGCUGUGAAUAGAAGUUUAGGAGGAUUCCAAAAAAGAUUCCAAGCCGACACAAUGGCCAUGUUGGAGGCGAGGCCAUAUAGGCCAUUUAAAUCCAGUGAGGAGUAUCUGGAGGCCAUGAGGGAGGAUUUGGCCGAGUGGCUCAGCACUCUGUAUCCAGAGCUGAGCAUCAAUGCCGAUAACUUUAUGGAUCGUUUGGACACGGGAGUGGCAUUGUGCAAGCACGCAAAUUAUGUGAGACAGGCGGCUGAGGAUUAUCUGGCACGGCGACAGGCCCGCAACAAAUCGAUGACCCGCUCGAUGACCUCCGGCCUGGCGGGUCCCAUUCUGGCCAUGGGCAAUGUCCACUAUCUGCCGGCCGCCAAAAGCGGCACCUUCUUUGCCCGCGACAAUGUGUCCAACUUUAUAACCUGGUGCAGAAAAAGCCUUAAGAUCAUCGAGUGCCUGCUGUUCGAAACGGACGAUCUGAUCAUGCGCAAAAACGAAAAGCACGUGAUCCUCUGCCUUUUGGAGGUGGCACGUCGGGGAGCCAAGUUUGGUAUGUUGGCUCCCAUGCUGGUGCAAAUGGAGCGACAAAUCGAUCGGGAGAUCGCCGCGGACAUCAAAGCCAAUGGGGCUGGCUCCUCGGAAAAUGGCACCCAAACGGAGGCGCUGGACACCGGAAAUGGUGGGGCCACAACGACGACAAUAACGACGACCACAGUGGAGACGGAUCUGUAUGAUGACAGCGACGAUUCGGAGACCGAGGAUGAUGGCGAUCAGAAUCCCGUGCUGAUGUACGGACCUCAGCCCCAGAUAAUCACUAACGAUCUGAAGAGCCUCGACGAAAUGGUCAGAGAUCUUGUGGAGAAGUGCACAUGCCCCUCACAAUUUCCCAUGGUCAGAGUGUCGGAGGGCAAGUAUCGUAUUGGCGACACCAAAGUUCUCAUCUUUGUGCGGAUCCUUCGUUCCCACGUGAUGGUGCGCGUCGGUGGCGGAUGGGACACACUAUCACACUAUCUGGACAAGCACGAUCCGUGCCGCUGCCGUGCCCAGCAUCGCAGCUCCGUGGCCGCUCGCCUCAUUCCCCGUCAGUCACCCAAUCACAACCCGAGCAACGGCAUCGAGCUCCACAAGGCGCAGGUGAUAUUCGAGAGGUCACCGCCAGCAGCUCGUCGCGUUUUCAACAGUCCCAAUUGCAAUGGAGGACCCGGAACAGUAUCGGGAACAGGAUCAUCGUGUGGCGCAGCAGUUGUGGGCGUGGCCGCGCCUCCACCGCUCCAGAACGGUCACAGUCUGUCGCCGAAUUCGGGAAAAUACCGCAGUCGCAGUCCAACACCACAGCGCAAAUUCCUCAACCAGCAGGCGAGCGGAGGAGGCAGUGCAGCCGCGACCGGAUCCAGCCAGGCAGUCACAGUCACCACAGAUGCCUCCAGCGGCCAACUGCUCGGAUCGCCCAGCUUGGCCAGGCGCUCCAUGUCACCAAGUCCACGCCGACUGAUCGAUAAGCGCAAGAAGCAGAACUCUUUGGAUUCGUACAGCAGUGGUCCGAAAUCACUGCCCGGUUACAGCUCCUUGGAGGAGGCAAGCGGUGUCGGCUCGACGGCAGGAGGUGUCGGCUCAGGGUCCGGAGGAUCGGGAGUCGCGGGCGAACAGGGUGGCGCCAACAAAUUCGAGAACAUUAGCGACAAUGGCAGUGAGAUCAGUGACGAAGGCUACCGCAGUCUGGGAGUCAUCCAAUCGGGAGCCCAAAAACGAGAGUCCCUGCACAGUCAGGCUUCCAUUGAGGACGCUGAAAGCAAUGCGCGUCUGGAUCAGACCUCUAGUGACUCGCAGAUCUCGCCCUCUGAUGAGCCGGCGGAGAAGGCAACCACGGACAUUCUAGAAGAGGAGGACCUAAAUGGCCAAGAUGGAGAGGAGGAUCCCGAGGACUACUCGGUGUGCGAUGGCCCACAAUCGUUGCCGGCGAUUCUUAGCGGAGCGCAUAAGCUAAACGACAAAUUCGAGCAAUCCGGUGUCUUUAUAACCGACGACGAAAUCACCGUGGACAUAGCCAAGACCGAGGAUCAGUCGGUGGCUAUCGCACUGGCUAACCCAACACCUAAUCUCAGCAAGAUUCCGCGCUCUCCACUGGCGCAGCGUCGUCGCCGUAGCAUCGAUAACAGCACAUGUGGCGGGGCCGGUGGAAGCCUGCAGGAUUUGAGCAGCCGGUCUGGAUUACCAGCUCCAGCAUUUAGCCGAAAACAGCCGGUUUAUCGAUCCGUUCGGAUUCGCAACUCUACCGGAGCCACUACCACUCCGGUGGCACCGCCCCGAUCCCGUCAAGCCACCCAAUUGCCUAUGGUGCGUGAUGUGACGAAUACGUGGAGUGGACGAACCACGGGGGCACCAAAACGAAGGCCUCCCUGCACCGCCGAUACCUUUGUGGCACCCACAAAUGGAACAGGAGCAGCUGGUACCUUCGAGCGCAAUGGCAAAGGGCGCUCAUCGCAAAUUCUCUACGACAGUAAUGGGCGCCGUGUGAGGAGUGGAGCACCGGGAUGCACCAGUUCGCUAACCACGUCGCCCGUGAAGAACCACGCCUCCUCGCCGCUGGCCCAGCAACUCCUGGAGGCGGCCAGCAGCGCAAAGAACGAUGCCCAGAUUCUGGAGAAGAUGAAAUCCCUACUAUCACGCUAUGCGGCUGGUAACCAGACAAAGGCAGCGGCUGGAUCAUCGGCAACAGCAGCGAAUAAGAUCAACAGCAAUGGCAAGAAGACGCCGGUGUACGAGGACUUUACCACGGCCUGGGUGCACAGCAAUGGUAAUCUGGAGCGUUCGGAGAGCUGUUCUCCUCCGGCCAAGGCGCGAUCCAAGCGUAGUUCCGCCGCCAGUUCCUGCGAAAGCAACAAUUCAAAUGCGGGUGGAGUUGGAUCGGGAGCGGCAGCUGGAUCAGCCAGCGUCGUAUCGCCCAGGCGAGAGAGGGGCAUGUCCAAGAUUCCGGCGCCAGUGCGUCAUCAUACGGAGCUUUACUAGCAGCGCCGCCGGACGCCAAGCGUCCAGGUCCGUUUCCAAGCCAAGUCGAGGGUUUUCUGAAAAGCCUCCAAGUGAGCAGAGGAGCAAGCAGAUCGAAAAGUGAAGCGAAGUCAUUUGACUUGGGUAUUGUGGGUAGUGCAUAGUUAAGAUAGGGUUAGAGCCAAGCUGGAAUUGUCUGCUGCUACGGCGUGUGUGUGUGCGUGGAGAGCAGAGAAAAGGUAGGGAAUCAAAAGUGAGAAGCCCGGAGAAUCAGAUGGUAGAAUGGGGAGAUGGGCAUUACGAGAUCAGCCAUUGAACGAUUUAAACCAAAAAUACAAAUGCCUAAUCCUGAUGAAAUCCCGAAAUCUGGUGAAUUUUAAUGGACACAUUUGUCCCAACAGAACAAGGAAUCGGAGAUAACCCCACUCCACUCCAAACGAAAUCCAGGGGAAAGCCAUAGCUAUAGGAUACCCGAAUCAGAAUCAGGAUCGUCAAAUGUCGAGUAAGGAAAGCAAAACUGAAACUGCCUCAAGGACAGACAGGGCAGAAUCCCUAGCAGCCAGAGACUCCUAAGCAUAUCCCCCUUAUAAACAUUUCUCUAUCUGCGAGUUUUGUUCGUGAACAACUGUAUUGAAGCCGUGUAAUCGUCGUUAUAUAAGCUCUCAACUCUCUUUCUCUAUAACCAACCACUCAAUAUACUACGUUAAUACGCAAUUUCCAGUUGCCUACAACUUUAUACGCAUUUCGAAAUAAGUCAGUUACAUUAUAUUUGCGACGUUGUAGGGUAACAGCAUUUUCUUAACCAAAAAUAAGCAUUUGAUUUGUAUUUAGAGCUGGCGUAUAAACGCGGAUACCCCCUAAUAAGCUUCGAUCUGCGCUGAUCUAGGGUAACGAAUAAACCAUAUAUACAAUCCAAAUUUUGAGACUCGAGUAAAAAUUUUAAAUCAAUUUUUUGUCUAGGCCUAGAACAGGAAUUUUAAAUCUACACCAAAACCACAAGCAUUACAAUAUUGAAUAUAUCUAUAUAAAAGCAUAAAAGAACACGGACACACACACACACACACACACACGAUCGCAAACACAUAGAGGAAGCAUACCUAGUUUUCUAGAAAUUUUUAAAGUAAAGCCAACAAAAUUCUUCAGAUUCGAUUUGUAGUGAAGCAGAAUACAUUUAUUUUUGUACGCUUGAACAGAGGAACCGCCAGAGAUCGUGGGAUCUGGAAAGAUGAAUAGCUUUUAGACAACUCGACUUUUACAGUAUAGCUCUAUAUAUAUACUAUAUAUACAAGGAAAGGAGAAGAGAUCGGUUAGGGAUCGGUUAGGCAAGCAUAGCUAGGAAAUGAAGCGACCGCCCCGCAUUAAAAAACAACUCCAAUAAGUGGGUGCUCCUUGGUCUGGGGACUCCAAAUCCACGCUCUUCAAACCCACAAAACUGCACCACCAGGAAAAUAACACAUACAGACACCUCAAGGGAUAUAGUGCGUUUCGGGGGUGUAGUGCAGUUAUAUGGAUGGUUAGUUCGAAUUUAAAUACACGAUAAAUUAAUUCAAUUAUAAUCGAAGCGAUUCGAGUACAGCUCUAAAACGCACUGUAUUCACCGAGCAUUCAAAAUAUACAACAACAAAAAAACACAAAACAAGAAAAACGGUCACAAAAAAAUAAAAAUAACUGAGAAACCAUAGCUUUUGAGAGGGCAGAAGAAAAUCGUUAUAGAGUUAAUGGCACCGUUGAGCGAACGAACGAACCAUAGCAUAAUUUUCAGAAACCUUAAAUAUCUGCAACUAUUCAACAUCUAUUGUAUGAUUUAAUUUUUUUUUUGUUCUUUAGAUUUAGCAAUGUUAACACAUAUAGUUUAGUACAUCGUACCUAUGCAUAUAAAUAUAUAUAGAUUGUAAAUUGUGUUUGUCCAAUUGCCCACAUGUUGUAUAGUUCUUAUGUACUCGUAAAAUCGGCCUUAAUGUUCAGUCUGUCGAUAUCAUCGAUAUCAGUUUCAUUUUGUAUUUUUUUCUUUUUGCAUAUAAUUUGUAUUCGAAUUUAAGUUGCGUUUUUCAGCUUUUUAUUGUACACCAAAUGAUACCAAUUUAUGUAUAUGUCAACUUGAAGCGGCGAUAAAGAUCGCAACCAAAAUAAUUAAUGAUCAAUUGUUUAACAAUUAAAUUGUUCCAACACAGACACACACUCUCACGUAGACAAAACACCUUACACACACACAGACACACACACACACACACCUGGCCCGUGGUGUAAUUAUAAUUAUAGAGAAUUAAGCAAUUGCCCGAUUUGCAUGCCAAAAGGUUGAUAACAAA